AUGAGACAGCCGAAUGGGAAGAAUUCCAGGAGCGGUCCGGUGAUAGGAGGUGCUGGAUAUUUCGGAUACAGGCUAGGCUGCGCCCUUGCCCAAUCAGGCGUAUCUGUCAUCCUCGUGGACAUACACAAACCAAGAUGGUGCCUUCCCAAAGGAGCUGUCUUCCUGCAGAGUGACAUUAGGGAUUAUGAUGCUCUAUAUCAGGCCUGUCAGGGGGUCAAUUCUGUUUACCACGCUGCUUCCUAUGGAAUGUCGGGCACAGAACAGCUUCAUAAAGAGCAGAUUGAAUCUGUAAAUGUUGGUGGAACAAGACAAGUUAUUGACGUGUGCCUCCAUCAAAAUAUCCCAAGUUUAGUAUACACCAGCACUGUCAAUGUUGUCUUCAGAGGACAACAAGUACACCGGGGGGAUGAAGAGACUGUGCCAUAUGUUCCUGUGGACAAGCACGUUGAUUAUUACUCCAGGACCAAAGCUAUCGCUGAUCAGAUGGUGGUGGCAGCUGAUGGCACUCCUCUGAGAGGGGGUAAUAUGUUCUGAACCUGCGUGCUCCCCCCGACCCCCCAACCCCCCCCCCAAGGUAUCUAUGGGCCUCAGGAACAGAGACACUUGGCGCGGGUGGCGGUGAACGUUGAUAGACGGCUGUUCAGUUUCACUUUCGGAAAUCCUGACGCCAAGAUGAACUGGGUCCAUGUUGACAAUCUGGUGCAAGCUCACAUCUUCACUGCGGAGGCACUUACAGCUGCCAAAGGUUACGUAGCGAGUGGCCAAGUUUACUACAUCAGUGAUGCUGAAGCUGUAAAUGUAUUUGACUGGUUAUCCCCACUGUUUGUGAAGCUGGGCUAGAAACCCUGGCUUUGUGUGCCUGUCCACCUCAUUUACAUAGCAGCUGUAAUAAUGGAAUACCUUCAUAUGGCAUUGAGACCGAUUGUAGAAAUCGCUCCACUGCUCACCAGGAAUGAGGUUCGAAACAUUGCAGUUAUGCACACCUUCAAGAUAGACAAAGCAAGGAAGCAACUAGGAUAUUGCCCUAAGAAGUACAGCUUUUCUGACUCUGUUGAGUAUUACAUAAGAACAACGCCCGAGCAAGACACUUCCCCCUCUCUCUUCUUGAAAGCCUUAUUUAUCCUGAGCAUUGUUUUCUUCCUAAUCUGUCUCUCCCCCGUGCCCUGGACCCAGGGACCAUCAGUAAUGCAGUUCUCCAAGCGGGAUAUAACACCGGUCCAGAUCACAUCUGGACCAAUGUCGUGUGGAGAUGUCAGGACUUGCCUGAAGAAGGCCUGGGGCAGCCUGGGAUGGAAGAUGGAGACCUCCAGCAACCUGACCCAGGAACAGCAUGUGCAGCAGUGGGUGGGUGGAGCAUCAACCACGUGGACCUUCAAGCAGCAGCUUCUCCGAGGUGGUGGAUCUUCAAGCUACAGAGGCACCUCAUCUGACUUGAACGUCACAGAUGCCUCUGCCCAGCAAUCCUCUGAGUGCCAGUGUGAUAUUGAUGACUGA